AUGGUUCUUGUCGGUAGUGAAAAGCCCAGUGUGCAUAUGCGCUGUGCCGUCGCAACUGAGCUACUCGAUGAAUUGAGUGCUGUUCCGUUGGCAUUCUUCCACGCAUCAAGCACAGUGACAUUUCUGACCAAAAUCGAAUCAAGCCGAUCAUCUACCCCUGGUCUCGCGGUGAAACUGCGCGGUCAGAUCAGUCGAACCGACCGAUGCAUGCAGCAACUCUCGCAACAAAACUCCGGACCCGGACUAUCAUCAAUCGGGCGAACGCUACUUUCUAACAACGCCGAUCUCAGUAUCUUGAGAUCUCCAGAGCAGCCAGUACCAACUGACAUAGCUCGUGGUCAUCAAGAAAGUUUUGAUUCCAUUGGGAACAUCGACACAAAUCUAGACCUCUGGUCUCAAAAUCAGGUGCCAGCCGUGGCUUCACAGCCCCCCUCAUACCUAUCACCCUCUCGGCCCGAGCGCUGCUCCGCGCCUUCGACUUUACACAACACUCAAAGUCAAGAAACAGACAUACCAUUUAGCAAUGCCUUUGACUUCAUGCAACCAGAUUCAUCACAAGCCGCCUUGAAUAAUGGAAGUAUGCCGACCACCAAUCGAUACGUGCUUCCCAGCAAUCUAAUUUGACAAAUGGCCAUUCUUUCUCGGACAGACGGAUACCUAUGAACCGGUAGAUUCCUUCUUGUUUUCCAAUGGGAGCCGCCAACAUGACAACAUUGUGUUGAAUGGCCAGUGAUGGUG